CGUGUCGUUGAUGACAAAAGGCAUAAGAUUACCUCUCAUAGUAUAUGUUAUAAUUUAUGUCAAUAUUUUGCCGCCAAAUCUUACUACAUAAUUUCGGUCGAAGGAUCGAAAAUACGUGGAAAUUAUAUUUUGUCUUAAGGUUUUUAAUCUUCAUUUAUAUUCAAUUAAGUUUAAUUAUUAAUCAGAAUAAUACGUGUUCUUAAAAUGACAUCAAUUGAAGUAAGAAAUUGGACAACAGAAUAUUAUGUCAAAAAUCAAUUAUCCUGUCAACAAAUGUUAGAAAAUUCAGAUAUAUUGAAGGAAAUACCUUUAUUAAACAAUGUUCAAUUACAUGAUAUCACAGAUAAACAAUUGGUUAGAUUUCGAGGGAUGGUCCAGGACAUGUAUGAUCCUGAAUAUUUUUUUAAACAAUAUGAAGUGAAGAAUACAAAAACUGGGGAGAGUGAUAUUAGAUGUGGAAUGUACACAGAUGCAGCUCGAUGUUUGUCGGAUGAAGAAGUAUUUUUUGAGUCUAACAAGAACGAACAUUCGGAAAGACAAACUUACGUUGUAAUGUCUAUACCUGGCUUAAACAAAUGGGCAAAAGAACAAAGUAAAUGUAUAGAAACAAAUGUACAGAAAUUUAAUUCAAUGACACACAAUGAUAAUAUGAAGAAUAAAAGAAGUCUAGAUGAUACUGAUAUUGAGAAAAUGGAUUGUUCAGAGUCUGUUGCAAAGAAAGAAAAGAUUUUGACAAAUGAUAGCGAUAUGAAUAUAAGUAAUGCUCGUUCAAAAGUUCAGAGUAUACUAUCAGAAGACCACAUAUUAAACUUUCCUAUUCCGAUUGAUGGAGGAAAAGUUUGCAUAGUGAAGAUUUAUGACGGAACAAUUUUAAAAUUGAAUCAGGUUAUUGAUAUAAUAGGUUUUAUAUCAUUGGAUCCAAUGUUAAAUACAAUUAAUUGUUCAGAGGAUGAGAUGAAUGAAGUCAAUACUCAUAACCCUCCAGCUUCUUUGGUACCUCGGUUACAUGCAAUAAAGCUGAUUGCACUGACAAAAUCUGAAAUUGUAAAUGCUCCAGAAAUCAUAUCAAAAGCGCAACUCAUCAGAAGUGAUUUACAUAUAAUGUUGAGUCAGUUAUUAUUUGGAGAUCAUUUAGCAGCAGAUUAUUUAAUAUGUCACUUGCUCUCUAUGAUAUAUAUGAGAAGAGAUUUCUUUUGUCUUGGUGCAUUUCCACUAAAUAUAACAAAUUUUCCAGCUAGUAGACUCAAGACAUUUCCAAAAGAAUUUUAUAACUUUUUAACAUUACUUGUAAAGAAAAGUCACUUUUUGGAAGUGACUUUAGAAAAUUUGAAUGAAUUAGCUUUAAUUCCAAAAAAGGAUUAUGAAUGCAAUAGAUUGACAAGUGGUAUUCUUCAAUUAAGCGAUAAUACACAUCUUGUGUUAGAUGAGACUGGUUUAAGCACUGGUGAACUAAAUGUCACUGGCAAGGAAAACUAUAAAGCUCUUUCAGAUCUGCUUAUGUUUCAAAAACUGACAUAUGAUUUCAAAUAUUAUUCAAUGGAAUAUGAAACAGAUAUCCCAAUUUUAAUUUUUUCUGAUGUAAAGUCAUUUAUUCCUUGCCCUAUUCAAGUUAAGUUAAAUAUUGAUACAGAAUCAGAAAAUAUAUAUAGUCAAGUAAUUGAAGCUGCAUAUCAGUACUUAAACGAUGAAACUCGAUUAACGAAUAUUCGCCAAUAUUUGGAAAUCUUUAGACAUACAGAUUUUGUUUUCAAUGAAGAAAUCACAAAAAUUAUCCAAGAUGAUUUUGUCGAGAUGCGAAGCGUGAAUAAGAAUAUAAGUAUGGAUAAUCUGCAUUCAUUAAUGGUUUUUGCUAGAUUAAUGUCCUUAUCCUAUGGACAGACAACACUAGAUAUAGAAUGCUGGAAGAAAACUGUACAAUUGGAAAUGGAAAGAAUGAGCAGGUUACCGCAGCGUGGAAGAUAAUAAAUUCUAGGAGAAGAAGCAACGCAAUUUGCAACGAUUAAUCACUAUUGAACGAAAUCGAUCUUACCAGAUCUCUCCGUCAUUAGUAUCCCGAUCGGAUAACACUUUCUUCUAUAGAAUUGUUACCUCUCCAAGAGCUCUAAGAGAUCGUCAAGAUUGCAAUCAUAUGGCUUACUUCUGAAGAUUAUAGACUCUGUCGAAUAUUGUGCCAAAGAUGAUCAGCUGAUUGGAAGCGAUCGACUAUCGUUUGAGUCAUUAGAAGUUAGAAAGAUCGAUCGACAAUCCGAUGUGUCAAUUUCGACGGUGAUCGUGCAACGUGCACUGCACGCGGCUGCCGUCAGUGAAACAAGACUGCACAUAGUCGGCCCGAAGAUACAUAAUCCGAGCUGUCCUACUAAAGGUAGAGGAUCCCCUCCAGCUCGACAUUCGCGCGAGUCUCUCUUAAGGGAUUCGACAUGGGGACGUGUUAGCGCAUCCGUACUGGUUAAUCGUGCGGAAUAGUUCAGGCUUCGAUACCCGCGAGUUACAUUCACUCUUAAAGCAUGUUACCAGUCAUUAGUCCUUUGUUGUCUUCUGUGUGAACACGAUAUAGUAAUUUAGAAUAGUAUGCUGCGUUAUAUUUAGAAUUUUUGUACAUUCAAUAUUGUAAUUUGAAUGCAAUGAAUAUGUUUUUGAACACUAAAUGUAGUAAACAAAUUAACAUUGAUUGGCAUUAAUUGUCAAGCCUUCAUUAUCGAUGUAGUCAGUUCAUGGUCAUAAUGUAUUGUGUUUAUGACUGUAUAUUCAUUUCUC